CCUGUGUUAUGUUCCAGAGCCGCUGCUCCGCUGCUGGCUGGCUGUCAGUGAGGGACUGCACUAUGGACGGAGGACAACGCUGACAAAACCUGCAUCCAUGCUGCUUAUCUUACUUCUGUAAAGUUGGACUCUCUUCUCUGGUUUUAAGUUAAAUCUGUAGACUUUUUUAUUUAAUAUUUUUUAAGGAGAUCGAUCCUCACCGAGUUUCGUACAAAUACUGGAUUGUGGGAAUACGACAGAGUGGGACUGCUGCGAAAUUAGAGGAUGGGGAGCCGGGGCCACUACCGGUACCACUGGCAGAGCCACAAUGUCAAGCAGAGCGGUGUGGAUGAUAUGGUCCUCCUCAGCAAGAUCAGCGAGGACGGGAUCGUGGACAACCUCAAGAAGAGAUACAUGGAUGACUACAUCUUUACAUACAUCGGCCCUGUGCUCAUUUCUGUCAACCCCUUCAAACAGAUGCCAUAUUUCGGAGAGAGGGAAAUUGAGAUGUAUCAGGGUGCUGCCCAGUAUGAGAACCCUCCUCACAUCUAUGCUCUGGCAGACAACAUGUACAGGAACAUGAUGAUUGACCGUGAGAACCAGUGUGUUAUCAUCAGUGGAGAGAGCGGAGCAGGAAAGACUGUGGCGGCCAAAUAUAUCAUGGGCUACAUCUCCAAAGUGUCAGGAGGUGGACCGAGAGUGCAGCAUGUUAAAGACAUCAUCCUGCAGUCCAACCCGCUCCUGGAGGCCUUUGGAAAUGCCAAGACACUGAGAAACAACAACUCCAGUAGAUUUGGGAAAUACUUUGAAAUCCAGUUCAGCUCCGGUGGUGAACCAGAUGGGGGAAAGAUUUCCAACUUCCUUCUGGAGAAGUCACGCGUUGUCACGAGGAAUCCUGGAGAAAGGAGUUUCCAUAUUUUCUAUCAGUUGAUAGAAGGAGCCAGUGGAGAGCAGAAAAAAAGUCUGGGGAUCACAACCCUGGAUUACUACACUUACCUCAAUCAGUCUGGCUCUUACAAAGUGGAAGACAUCAAUGACAAGAGUGAUUUCCAGGAGACCAUGCAAGCAAUGGAUGUGAUUGGCAUAUCACAAGAGGACCAGUCCAUGGUGCUUCAGAUUGUGGCCGGGGUCCUGCAUGUGGGGAAUAUAACCUUCAAAGAAGUAGGCAACUAUGCCGCUGUGGAUAGUGAGGAGUUUUUAGCAUUUCCUGCGUUUCUGCUCGGGAUUGACCAGAACCGUCUGAAGGAGAAACUGACCAGCAGAAAGAUGGACAGCAAGUGGGGAAAUACGAAAGAGUCCAUCGAUGUAACCCUGAAUGUGGAGCAGGCCUGCUAUACUCGGGACGCUCUCUCCAAAGCCCUGCAUUCACGCGUGUUUGACUACCUGGUGGAGUCCAUCAACAGAGCCAUGGUGAAAGAUCAUCAGGAGUUAAAUAUUGGAGUGCUGGACAUUUAUGGCUUUGAAAUUUUCCAGAAAAAUGGGUUUGAACAGUUCUGCAUCAACUUUGUAAAUGAGAAGCUUCAGCAGAUUUUCAUUGAGUUGACUUUAAAGGCUGAGCAGGAGGAAUAUGUACAAGAGGGCAUUAAAUGGACUCAGAUAGAUUACUUCAACAACAAGAUUGUCUGCGAUCUCAUUGAAAGCAAAAGUCCUCCUGGUAUCAUGUGCAUCCUGGAUGACGUAUGUGCCACCAUGCACGCUGUGGGCGAGGGAGCCGACCAGACAAUGCUACAGAAGCUCAGGAUGCAGAUCAGCUCACAUGAGCACUUCAACAGCUGGAACCAGGGCUUCAUUAUCCAUCACUAUGCUGGCAAGGUGUCCUACGAUGCAGAGGGAUUCUGCGAGCGGAACAGAGAUGUCCUUUUUACUGACCUCAUUGAACUGAUGCAAAGCAGUGAGAUUGCCUUCAUCAGAGCACUGUUUCCAGAGAACCUAAAUGCUGAGAAGAAGGGUCGGCCAACUACUGCAGGCAGCAAAAUAAAGAAACAAGCCAAUGACCUGGUUAGCACACUAAUGAAAUGCACUCCACACUACAUCCGUUGUAUCAAACCAAAUGAGACCAAGAGGCCCAGAGACUGGGAAGAAUCACGGGUGAAGCACCAGGUGGAGUAUCUGGGUCUAAAGGAAAACAUCAGGGUGAGGCGUGCUGGCUACGCCUAUCGUAGAGUCUUCCAGAAGUUCCUGAACAGGUACGCCAUCCUGACCAAAGAGUCAUGGCCAACGUGGCGAGGAGACGAGAAACAAGGCGUCCUUCAUCUCCUACGCUCUGUCAAUAUGGACCAAGAUCAGUUUCAGCUCGGGAAAACAAAGAUCUUCAUUAAAGCCCCUGAAUCUCUGUUCCUACUGGAAGAGACAAGGGAGCGCAAGUUUGACGGCUACGCUCGGACCAUCCAGAAAGCCUGGAGGAAAUAUGUCGCCCGCAAGAAGUACGUCCAGAUGAGGGAGGAAGCAUCUGAUCUGCUGUUAAACCGGAAAGAGAGGCGGCGACACAGCCUGAACCGAAACUUCGUAGGGGACUACCUGGGAAUGGACGACAGACCAGAGCUUCGGCAGUUUCUUGCCAAGAGAGAAAAGGUUGACUUCGCUGAUAAGGUCACCAAAUACGACCGGCGGUUUAAGGGAAUUAAAAGAGACUUAAUUUUGACUCCUAAAAGUGUUUAUCUGAUUGGAAGAGAAAAGGUGAAGCAGGGACCAGAGAAGGGUCAGGUGACCGAGGUGCUGAAGAGGAAGAUCGACGUGGAGAAAAUCUUGGCGUUGUCUCUCAGCUCCCUGCAGGACGACUUCCUGAUCCUGCAUGAGCAGGAGUAUGACAGCCUGCUGGAGUGUGUUUUUAAGACAGAGUUCAUCAGCUUACUGAACCAACGGUUUGAGGAGAAAACCCAGAGGAAGCUGCCACUCAAGUUUAACAACACACUGGAAAUGAAGCUAAAGAAGGAGAACUGGGGCUUUCUGAGCGGGGGCGGCUCCAGACAGGUGCUGUUUGUGCAGGGACAGGGAGAUGUAGCUGUGCUGAAGCCAUCGAACAAAGCUCUGCAGGUCAGCAUCGGACCGGGCCUCCCCAAAAACACACGUCCAACCAGGAAGAGUUUUAGUCAAAGUCGCUCUAAUACUUCCAGAAAUCAGCACCACAGGCCAUCAAGAGCAGCACCAGGACCUCCAGCUGGUCACCAGAACGGGGGCCUAAAAAACACUAACCACAUCGCCAAUCAGAGGAACUCGCAGCAUCAUGGACAGAGGCAUCCCUCGUCCUCCAACUCCACCCGCCCGUUUCUGCCCAGCAACAUCGACCAGCUGAGGGAUCGUGAUGGAGGUAGCCGGCAGCAGCCAAACCUGGACUGCCUGCGGGUUCCGGACCAAGGCGCUGCAGGCUCUGGAGGUGGACGGCCAGCACCAAACGGAGGAAUGGCCCACAGACCAUCAGCCCACAGGCCUCCACCAGGAGGGGGGCGGCCAAAGCCUGCACCCAAACCAAAACCCCAGGUGCCCCAGUGCAGAGCUCUGUACGCUUACGACGCUCAGGAUACAGAUGAGCUAAGCUUCAACACAGACGACGUGAUCGACAUCAUCAAAGAGGACGCCUCCGGAUGGUGGACAGGACGACUUCGUGGGAAGCAGGGACUUUUCCCUAACAACUACGUGACCAAGAUCUAGGAACUGCUGGCAUUUCAGCACAAGACAAUGCACCUGCCUGCGUCUCUGUUGGCCCCUGGUGGCCCCUGGCUCCGAGGAUGGCACAGAGCCCACAGUCGGGGAAAACACUGCAAGACUCUUCUUCCACUACUGCCUUACAUUUUAUGAAUGUAACUCUGUUACACCAUCAGACCAAACAACUGUCCUGUCGGGCUUAAUAUUCUCCAAAGACAAAAAGACUGCUGGGCCUAAGGGUCUGUCCCCUCUGAGUACUGAACAAACUAUUUAUUGUAUUUAUGGAUCUCUGUAUUUUCCUUUUACUCACCUUAUCAUAUAUUGUAGAGGAUUAGUGCUGCAGCGUUUUGAAGCAUUCAAAAGAUAUCGGCUAAAUCUCUGGGACCAGGCUGUGAUUUUUCACUCUUUUUUUUUCUAUUCUUUCUAUUUUGCUUUUAGAUGAAGGUUUUAUCAGUUGAAGGAAACUGAGAUUAAGUUUAACAGGAAUAUUUAUUAUAAUGGAGACAUUUAACUGCAGGAACAGACAAAGAAUCAUAAUGCUGAGUAAUGAUUUUAAGAAAUUAAAAUACCAAAGUAAAUGUUUUUUUCCACUGUUUUUUUUUUUUUUUUCUUCUUUCACUUCUUAGGGCAUUGCAGUGAGGUGGAGUAUUAGGUGAAGAUCUUUCCUCACUAUCAUGGUGUUUUUGUUCUUUAAUGGCACCAGUUUAUUUCAUGUAAACUGUAACCUGAGCGUGAAGUCUGUGGUGUAUUAGCACUUUAUUGGUACAGGUACCUUGGACACAGAAGGCAUCUCACGUUCAAAGCAGACAAAGCUUUUGUCAAUUAAGUAGAUAUUUUGAUGAGCAAAAGCAAAAAAGUCACCUAGUUACUGAGGGGAAUCACAUGUUUACAAGAAAUUAAAACAAAAUGCUUUUUUUCCUAGAUAUUAAUCUGUAUAUGUGUUCAUAUGUAGGAGUGCACCUGUUGGUGGGUACAAGUUAAAAGGAUUUCUUCGUUUUUAACUUGGAGGAUGUUUGUUUUGUAGAUCUUUUUUUCUCAGCUGUGCUUCUUAAAAACAAUAGUUUUAUUGUAUGUCCAGCUCUGCUACAGCAUCAGUUAUCACAGACUUGGGUGAAAGGAUUUUAAUGUUUUGUUAAGCUGUUUUAGGUUUGUGUUUCUGCACUUUUUUUAUUUUCACUCGUACAAACAUUCCUUAGUUUGUUUUAAUCAGAUGACCACAUUAUGCUGUAGCCAGUAAAAGCUGCCGGGACUCCUUUCUUAAAACUGCAUCAAUAAAUAUAGUUUCGUCUUAAGAUCCUUGUUCUAUUU